CUCCUUGAUGCUCCGCGCCCGGCUUCUCACUGUGUUUCUUGUGCUCAGAGCAUCAACACGUUGCUGGUCUUCGCGACGUUUAUUUCGUUCAUUCGGCCUAUUUGUUUUUUAUUGUGUGAUCUAUCAUUUCCUGGCGUAAGUAAUUGUAUUAAUGUUACCCUAAUUUUAGACAAAUUUGGUCAGGUGUUUGUCGAAACACUUCACUCGUUCUAUCGUCCAUAGUUGAAAUGGGAAAAUCCAAAAGGAAUAGAAGUCGUAGUUGCUCUGCGAGCAGCGAGGAUGAUCACGUAUCGACUCGGAAACUUUUAAAGAAGUUGCGUAGGGAAUUUAAGAGUAUAAAACAACAACAAUCUCGGAUUUCCCGGUCUCGUAGUCGCAGCCGACGACGAGAUUCCAUUAGCGAGCCCCGCCAUGAGGCUAGGCGACGGGUUCAGUCCCGAAGUCCGUGCGCACGCUCGCGUUCGCGGGGACGAAGCAGGUCCAGGAGUUUCCGUCGUCACGUACGCCGUGAACGUGAAACGAAAAGUGCCGCUCCAGCGCAGUUAGCGCCUUCGUCAACAUCUUCUGCUAUGCCGCGGGCUUCGCUCGAAACUGCGACGCUGUCACGUUCUGUAGAUAAUUCUGCUGAUCGAGCUAUUCGAAAUGACGCCUGUAGCGUUGUUUCAGAGGGCAGUUUGGUAGAUCUGGGUACCUGUAGUGCUCAAUCUAUUUUAGGCGAUACGAGAGGUAUAUGUAAUGCCACUCAGGAAAGGAAAAUUGACGAUGCCUGUAGCGUUUUGUCAAAGGAUGUCAUUGAUAUGCUCGGCGACGAUCCAGAAAGCACUGCGGAAAACGGUUCAUUGUUGCACAAUGAACUUGCAAAAAGGUGGAAGGUUUUUUUGCAAAAUGGCCUUAAAAAGGAUGAUUUAUUAACGAUCCUAAGUAAAUAUGACACACCCUCAAAUUUAUCUUUGCUAACGGCCCCGAUUCUCAAUCCAGAGGUUAAAGCCGCCUUACAAAAACCUAUUCUUUCGAACCUGCAGGCGGUUGCCGAAAAAUGCAUGCCGGCCGAAUUUCUGUUUGGAACAGAUCUAUCAGACAAGCUUAAGUCUCUCAAAGCUAUUGAGAGUGCAAGUAAGGAACUUAAAUCGGUGCCAAAACCUUUUUUUAAUAGAAAGAGGGGGGGCGAUACUGUAAGUGACCGAAGUAAACCCGGAUCAAGUCGGCCUUUAAACGCGUUCAGGCCGGUCCGUCAUUACCCCGAGACGAGGCCGGCCCGAUCACAAAAAUUUGCCUACCGGUCGGAACCAGCCAAGACUUAUCGCAACAAAAACCAAAGCACGUGGAAGAAGAGGAUUUAA